AUGAAGAGCAUUUCUUCCUUCUCCCUGCUUCUCAUUUGCCUGGCUGCACUGCAGCUCCACGCCAAUGCCUCUCAGGAGGCCCAGCUGAGAGAGUUCAUCUCGUCUAGGAAGAACAGCGACAGCACCGACACGUUCAAAGUGCGCAACAUAGCUGACAGGUUUGCCGGCAGCCUGAGCGCGGAGAGCUCUGUCUCUGACCAGAGCUCCAUGAAGGCGGCCGACAUGAUCACGGCGUUGCCCGGGCAGCCGGAGGGCGUUGACUUCAACCAGUACGGCGGGUACGUGACCGUCGACGAGGAGAACGGCCGCGCGCUCUUCUACUACCUCGUCGAAUCGCCCUCUGGUGCCUCGGACAAGCCACUCGUGCUGUGGCUCAACGGAGGGCCAGGAUGCUCGUCGCUAGGCUACGGGGCAAUGCAGGAGCUCGGCCCCUUCCGUGUGACCGAGGACAACAAAACCCUCAGCAGAAACAUGAACGCCUGGAACAACGUGGCUAACGUGAUCUUCCUCGAGUCACCGGCUGGUGUGGGAUUCUCUUAUUCAAACACGACUGCGGACUACGAUCUCAGUGGAGACGAGAGAACCGCCGACGACGCCUACGUCUUUCUGGUGAAAUGGCUGGAGAGGUUCCCCGAGUACAAGGGCCGCGUCUUCUACAUCUCCGGGGAGAGCUUCGCCGGCCACUACGUGCCGGAGCUCGCCGCCACCAUCCUGCUCCACAACACAUACAACAACAGAACGAUCAUAAACCUUCAGGGCAUCCUGGUUGGAAAUCCGUACCUUGAUGCCAACAGGAACAUUAAGGGGGCGAUCAACUACUACUGGACCCAUGCGGUGAUGUCCGACGAGGUCUACGCCAAUAUCACCAAGAACUGCGACUUCGACAGCGUGGAUGGUACGUUUACGAACGCCGCAUGCAAUGGCGCCGUUGACGGGUUCAGCGCUGGCAACAUCGAUGGCUACGACAUAUACGCUCCAGUUUGCAUUGACGAGCCCAAUGGAGGGUACCACCCCAGUGGCUACUUACCUGGGUAUGAUCCCUGCAGUGAUUAUCCUACUCAUGCCUACCUCAAUGAUCCAGCGGUGCAGAUGGCUUUCCACGCUAGAAUGACCAAGUGGACAGGGUGCACAAACUUGAACUGGAAAGAUGCGCCAAUGUCUAUGCUGCCAACCAUCAAAUGGUUGAUCGAAAGCAAGCUUUCGAUUUGGAUAUUCAGUGGUGAUUUUGAUACUGUGUGCUCGCUUCCGGGGACGAGGUAUUCCAUCCAGGACCUUGGCCUCUCUGUGACCACCCCAUGGCGUCCAUGGACAGCGAAGGAGGAGGUGGGAGGCUAUGUUCAGCAGUACGCGGGGGGAUUCACAUUCCUCUCCGUGAGGGGAGCUGGCCAUCUGGUUCCAUCCUUCCAACCUGAGAGGGCAUUGGUGAUGUUGAGCUCCUUCCUGAAUGGGAUGCUCCCACCUUACGUAGAGCAGCAGUGAUUCUUGACAGCCAUAAAACUCCAUCCAUGAGAGGUCUUCGUUAGCUCCAAGCUUGAUGACAAGUGCUGUGGAUGAAGUUGCAAUAGUUUUUUAAUAUUUUUUAAUGUUCAUUUGCUUAGCGUGUGGCUUAAUAUUUACUUGUAUCCGGUUACUGUUGAGAAUGGUUUGUCCUAGUGGACAUGGAUUUCCUUUCAACGAAUUUAUGACAAGAUCUUAAAUAAUGAUAAA